UUCAUCCAAAACUAAUGGCCUUAGCCGACUUCUUCUUCUUCUUGUUCUUCUUACUCUAUCUCCCUUUUCACCAUGCACUCUUAAACCCUGAAGAAACAUCCUUCCAAUCCUCAUUGAUAAGACAAGCAUGCUUCAACACAACCAAACACAAAGAUUGCACAUCCUACAUUCACACCGAAUGCCACAUCGAUGAUCGAAGAGCUACACCGGUGUCGAUAAUGCAUGCCGCAGUCAAAGGAACAAUAAAUGAGGCCAUUCGAGCAAUCGAGUCGGUAUCAAGCCUAGUUUCCUUGUCGAUAAACCUUCGAGAGAAGACGGCGAUCGAUGAUUGUGUCGAGCUCCUCGACUACUCUGUGUCAGAGCUAGGAUGGUCAUUGGAGGAGAUGAGCUUCAUUGAGACAGAAGAGAACAACAUACACAGAGAAGGGAACUUAAGAGCUUGGUUGAGUGCUGCUUUAAGUAAUCAAGACACAUGUUUAGAAGGCUUUCAUGGCACUGAUGGACGUCUGAAGAACUACAUCAGAGGAAGCUUAGAUGAAGUGACGCAGCUGAUAAGCAAUGUGUUAGAGAUGUAUCGAAGAUUGCGAAGCAUAAUGCCGCAUUUUCCGGUUAGGAAUGAGACCAUUGGAGGAGGAGGAGAUCAUAACAACUAUGAGAUACCUCCAUGGAUAACAUCAGAAGAGGAGGAGUUGAUGCAUGGUGAUCCAAAGGGAGGGAUGAGGGUGGAUGCAGUGGUGGCCGGAGAUGGCAGUGGAAGAUAUCGAACGAUAAUGGCGGCGGUGAACGAGGCGCCAAGUCACAGCUCAAGGAGGUAUAUUAUAUAUGUGAAGAAGGGGAUUUAUAGAGAGAAUGUGGAGUUGAAGAAGAAGAAGAGUAAUAUAAUGUUGGUGGGGGAUGGAAUAGGAGCUACAGUUAUCACUGGGAGUAGGAACUUCAUGCAAGGAUGGACUACUUUCAGAACUGCAACAUUUGCUGUCUCAGGACAAGGCUUCAUAGCAAGAGAUAUAACAUUCCGAAACACAGCCGGACCGGCGAACCACCAAGCGGUAGCUCUCCGAGUCGACUCAGACCGAUCGGCCUUUUAUCGAUGCAGUAUCGAAGGCUACCAGGACACGCUUUACGCCCAUUCACUUCGACAAUUCUACCGUGAAUGCAACAUCUACGGCACCAUCGACUUCAUCUUCGGUAACGGCCACGCCGUGCUCCAAAACUGCAAGAUCUUUUCUCGCCGUCCUCUUCCCUUCCAAAAGGUCACCAUUACUGCCCAAGGAAGAAAAGACCCAAACCAAAACACUGGAUUUUCAAUCCAUAACAGUUAUGUUUAUGCAACAUACCCUACAUAUCUUGGAAGGCCAUGGAAGGCAUAUUCAAGGACAGUGUUCAUGCAGACCUAUUUAAGUGCACAAGUGCAACCUCAAGGAUGGUUGGAGUGGUUUGGGGACUUUGGAUUGAGGACUUUGUUUUAUGGAGAGUAUAUGAAUUAUGGACCUGGUUCUUCAGUUGCAGGGAGAGUGAGGUGGCCAGGUUAUCAUGUCAUUAAAGAUGAAGCAGUUGCUAGUUAUUUUACAGUUAGAAGGUUCAUUGAUGGCACUUCUUGGUUGCCUUCCACUGGUGUGGCUUUCACUGCUGAUUUAAUUAAAUAGUUUCAUUUGUUUAUUUAUUUAUUUCUUUAUAGUGUUUCUUGCCUUUUGUCUUUUGGUAUAUAUAUAUAUAGUGAUGUGCUUGUAUUUCUUUUUAAUUUUAAAGAAGAUACAGUGUAGAAGAUGUUGUUGUAUCUUAAGAGAUUAAUGUUUUGAAUAUUAGA